AACGCAUUCUAAUUAAAUAAUUAAGGAAGUUGCUGGCAUUUGUAAUUUGGCUUUUGCAUCCUGUGAACAGGCUUACAGAUACUUUCUAAUGUCUAACCAAUCGGCUUCAGAUUCGUUUUGUUUCACGGCAGCUGAAUACCGGUUUAAAGAUAAGGAUGGUCGUACCUAUUAUUUUAAAAAGAAGGAAAAACGAGCAGUGGACGACUGGAUUAUGGCAUUUGUGUUAACGCCCAUUGCAGAAGUGGAAGGAAAAACAACAGAAUCUGGAACGCUGUUUGAACUGCAGGACGACAGCUGCACGAGGAAGGUUUACAUUCGUAGCAAGUCGUGGAACAAUUUUAAAGAUUUCUCCUCGGAUCUGCAUAUCAAAGGCGGCUCGUCCGCGUUUUCCAACAUGAGCAACAAGGUUCUCGCCAAGUUAGGGGAGUGGUAUCACCAACGGUAUAUUGAGAAAUGCGAAGACAAAGAAAUUCCGCUAAAGCGGCAAGCGGUUUCGCACCUGGGACUGCAAGAAGACGCACAUUCUUGGAUCAGCAUGUUUUACGGAGUCCUGAUCAGGCACUUCAAAGGUUUGCCAAGCUUGAUCGUAGUCGGACUCCCAGACACGUGGAAAACGCUCCUUCUGAAUCUGAGCUUGUCAAUUUUCGGGACAAAUAUGGAAGACAUUUGCAAUUUAGGAGAAAUAACUGAUUCCGCAGGCCUUGAUCGCUGGACAAAAUUGCACGUUCCUUUAAUAAUCCACGAUAAUCCAUUUCCUAAGCUAAUGCCACGUAUAUUUGGAUGCGUGUACGAAAGAAAACUAUAUCUAAACUAUCGCAACAAAAACAGCGGUGGUGUGCAUCCUACUUCGUCUUGUGCGCUUACCAUGAAUUCCGAUGGCCUGGAUGAUAUCGCUGCCGCAACUAAAGACAAAAUGCGGACAUUGAGUCGGGUAGCUAUUUUGACCAUGGAUAACGAGAUAACCGACAUCGAUAACACUGUUUUCACACUUCUGGAGCAAGCGCAGCAACGUGCAUCCAAAGAUGUUCGGAAACUGCUUCAUUUUGGCGAAGAAGGAUGCCGUGAACUGACUAAUGCGGUUAAUGACAAAUACGAAAUCAUCAAACCAAAACUAUUAUCAGCGGGGAUGGUUAGCUGCACUCACCGAAUUGCAACCUUAUACUCUAUACUGUCGUCUGUUGGGGAUAUGAUUGCCCGUAAAGUUGCUUGCGAGUACGACCAAGAAGAAGCUCUCCAGUGCCUGCUACGGCAUGUUUUAAAAGCCCCGCCAUAUCAAACUUUACCGCGCAAUGGUUUGACCGCGCGUACAACGCUAUCUUUACUUCCCGACCGAAGCAACUGCUUGGCCAAAGAAAGUUUUGCUCAACUGAUAGAAGCACUACGCAAGACAACUCAUGCCGAAAAGAUGAAUACGUUUUUUAAGAACGUUCUCUCGGUGAAGUUUGAAGAUAUUGCGGAAGACGUGCUUUGUUUGGCUGUUCGGAAGGACUUGUUCCUUGAUGCAACAAAAGAGGACCCGUUGCAACAAAAUCGCUGGUGCAUUGACCAGAUUGCUUGGGCAGACAAGCAGCACCAAGUGAAUCUGAAGGGUGUGCGGAGGCGUUCCUUAAUUUUGCCACGCGAGCACUUUACUUCAGAGCAACUUGCAAAGAUUGAUGGUAUCGUCGGUGCUUUGCAAGUUUCUUUAGACGAAGCGCCCGAGGCCACAUUUGGAUGGUAA